GCCAGAAAGGAGGCAAACUUGGGUCUGUUCUGAAAAUUCUGGUGAACUGAAUAAUCAGAUCUGGAAAUGGGGAAGGGAGCUAGGGAGAACAGUGAUGUGCCCAGGCGUUCCCACGGCAACCCGCCCUGACGCUGCUCUGAUGCUCACUACGCUGGGCUCUGGAUUUUUAUAAAGGGCUGGAAAAUCAGCUCCUGCAGGCUGUGAACGUCUCUCCCAAGCAGGGACCAAGGAAGGUACCAGGCAAGUCUGGGAAGCUGACAACCUUGAAGGACUUCCUUCUCACAGAGGACAGUGGCUGGCUGGCUGGCAGGCAGAGGAGGGGCGUGGGGCUGUCUUCUGAAACUGUAGAGAAAAGGGAGUUUGCAUAGCCUAGGUUUCUGAGUGCCUGGCACGUACUAGGGGCUUGGUGAUUGUUGUCAAAUUGAAUCGAACGACAGAGACAACCAGCAGUGCGGAAAGUGAGCUUUACCGCAUCAGUUGCCUGGAAAUGGACAUGCUUGAAGCAGUGACUGCGAGCACCAUACGGUAAAAUAUACAGCACCCAAGGGGGUCCUAAGGAGAAACAACCUAGCAGGGGCUCAAAGCUUCAUAUUCUUUUGGCACAAAGACAUUCCAGCUGAAGAAAUCAAGACCGGGGCUGAAUCUGAGACCUCCAUCCGAAUCCAGACAGCUGCCUGGCAAAGCUGGGCCGGACUGGUCCCUAGGUGCCUGUGCUCAGACAAGUCCAGGAUACCAGGGAAGCAGUGUUCUCCUGAUGCCAUCCUGACUGGAGGGCUUUUAGCAGGCAGGAUUGCUGGCUGGCACCCCCCCGAUCUGGGGCUUGCCUGGCCAGUGAGCCUCCGCUGCCAACUCCAUACAGGAGCAUGAGUUCAGUUCUGACAAAAUACGGGUCUCCACCACGAAGCUGGCUCAACCUUCGCUUGGGAACCAAUGACCGAAGCCUGUCGGAGGAAAAAGCACUGCGGUGUCAGAAUCCAGAUUGUAUUGACAAGAGGAGGGCAUCCAAGGUAUGCCACCACGCCGAUUGCCAGCAGCUCCACCGCCGGGGACCCCUCAACCUGUGUGAGGUGUGUGACGGCAAGUUUCAUAGCACCAUGCACUUUGACGGACACAUCCGCUUCGACCUACCCCCCCAAGGCUCUGUCCUGGCCCGGAAUGUCUCCACAAGGUCAUGUCCGCCCCGAACCAGUCCAGCCUCAGACCUGGAUGAGGAUGAUGAAGGGUUAAUGGAAAGCAAAGGGGAGAGGAAGGGUUCAGGUCUGAAGCUGGCCAAGAAGAAAGCUCGAAGGAGGCACACAGAUGACCCCAGCAAGGAGUGCUUCACUCUGAAAUUCGACUUGAAUGUGGACAUUGAGACAGAGAUUGUUCCGGCAAUGAAGAAGAAAUCUUUAGGAGAAGUGUUACUGCCGGUGUUUGAGAGAAAGGGCAUUGAGCUCAGCAAGGUGGAUAUCUACCUAGACCAGUCCAACACGCCCCUCUCCCUCCACUUUGAGGCCUAUAGGUUUGGGGGUCACUACCUGAGGGUCAAAGCCAAACCUGGAGAUGAGGUGAAGGUGGAAUUGGCAGUAAAGGAUUUCAAAUCCCUGAGCUUGCCCAUUCCUGGGCCUCCUUCACUGGACCAGCAGGGUCGACGGGAGAGCCUGGACAUCCUGGCCCCUGGCCGAAGGCGUAAGAACAUGACUGAGUUCCUGGGGGAUGCCAGCAUACCUGGGCUAGAACCCUCGAUGCCAUCCAGCAGCUCCCUGCCCAGCAAUGGCAUUGACACAUGGAAGAACCGGGCAGCCAGCCGCUUCAGCGGUCUUUUCAGCUCCGGCCCCAGUGGGAGCUCCCUUGGCAGGGAGGUCGACAAGAUGGAACAACUGGAAAGCAAGCUUCACUCCUACAGUCUCUUUGGCCUGCCCAGGCUGCCCCAGCAGCUGCGGUUCGACCACGACUCCUGGGAAGAAGAGGAGGAGGAGGAGGACGCUGACCUGGUCCUAGAAGACAGCUGGCAAGAGCUCAUCGAUGGAGCCGAGAAAUUGACCAGGCGGCAAUGCCACCAGCAGGAGGCAGUGUGGGAACUGUUACAUACGGAGGCUUCCUAUAUCAAGAAACUUCGAGUUAUCACUGAUCUCUUCAUGUGCUGCCUUUUGAACCUGCAGGAGUCGGGCCUGCUAUGUGAGGUGGAUGCUGAGCGCUUAUUCAGUAAUACACAGGAGAUCAUUCAGUUGCACCGAGGGCUGUGGAGCAAUGUGAUGGCCCCAAUGCUUGACAAAGCUCGGCGUAACCGGGCCCUGUUGCAGCCUGCAGACCUCCUCAAAGGCUUCAAAAUGUUUGGAUCCCUGUUUAAACCUUACAUCCGUUACUGCAUGGAGGAGGAGAGCUGCAUGGAAUACAUGAGGAGCCAGCUGAGAGACAGUGACCUAUUCAGGGUCUAUGUCACGUGGGCAGAAAAGCACCAACAAUGCCAGAGGCUGAAACUGAGUGACAUGCUAGUGAAACCUCAUCAAAGGCUCACCAAAUAUCCUCUACUGCUGAAAUCAGUGUUGAAGAAGACCGAUGACCCGCCAACUAAGGAGGCCAUUGUCACCAUGAUUAGCUCAGUGGAGCGGUUCAUCAAUCAUGUCAACUCUCGAAUGCGGCAGCGGCAGGAGCAGCAGCGGCUAGCAGCCAUCAUUAACCGCAUUGACUCCUAUGAGGUGGUGGAGAGCAGUACGGAUGAAGUGGAUAAGCUUUUGAAGGAAUUUCUGCGUCUUGAUCUGACAGCUCCCAUCCCUGGAACGUCCCCAGAUGACACUCGGCAGCUCCUUCUGGAGGGGAGCUUAAAGAUGAAGGAGGGAAAAGACAGCAAGAUGGAUGUCUACUGCUUCCUCUUCACUGACCUGUUUCUGGUGACCAAGCCCGUGAAGAAGGCAGAGAGGACCAAAGUCAUCCGGCAGCCCCUAAUGGUAGACAAGGUUGUGUGUCGGGAACUCCGAGACCCUGGCUCCUUUCUCCUCAUCUAUCUGAAUGAGUUCCGAAGUGCUGUGGGUGCCUUUACCUUCCAGGCUAGUGGGCAGGCCCUCUGCCGAAGCUGGGUAGAAGCCAUUUAUAAUGCCCAGAACUUGCUGCAGAGGAUGAGGCUACAGGAGCACCAAGGCAGCCAUGAGCAGCAUCUGCAGAGCCUGGAGGAAGAAGAGGAUGAGGAGGAAGAGGAGGAAGGAGAGAGCAGCACCUCAGGAGCUAGCUCCCCUACUAUCCUUCGAAAAAGCAACAACAGCCUGGAUUCCCAACGUUGCCCCUCGGAUAGUUCCACAGAGACUCUAGCAGUUGUGGUGAUGGAGCCCGGGGAAACACCAUCACCAUCCGACUUUGAGGGCGGCCCGUUUAGUUCCCGGUCAGAUGAGACCUCGAUCAGCACAACAGCUUCCUCCAUCACCCCGACAAGUGAGCUUCUGGGCCCUGAGCCUGACGGACUGCUCCACUCGGCACCCGCUGACUGCCGAUCAUGUUCCAUUGAUUCUGCCUAUGGCACCCUCUCCCCGACCUCUCUGAAGGACUUUGUGGCCACUGCAGAGCUGGCCCCUGUUCCCACCCUCAGGCCCCCAGACCCGCCUGACCCUCCUGCUCCCGCUCCUGCCUUGCCAUCUUCACCCCGCCUCCGACGUCGUACCCCUGUCCAGCUGCUGCCUUGGCCUAGAUUACUCAAAUCCAAAUCAGAGGCCAGCUUGCUGCAGCUGUUCUCAGGGGCUUCUGGCCACGACACCCUGCCAGUCCCAAGCCGGAGCCUGUCUGAGCUUUGCCUAACUACUCCACUCCCUCCCAAUGGCUUCCCCAGGACUCAGGUGAGGCCGUGCCAGCCUCCUCAGGAAGCCUGUGCCAGCUGGGACUGUAGGGGGACCAGCCCAUGCAGUGCCUCGGAGCUGUCAGAGGUGGAAGAUGGGGGGUGUUCCCCCGGACGGGGAGAUGAGUGUCCUUUCUCAAGGGAGUGUGAAAAGCCAGUCACUAAAGCCACCUUCAGGGCCCAGCCCUCGGGCCAGCACAGGAAACUGACCCUGGCGCAGCUGUACCGAAUUAGAACCACGCUUCUCCUGAACUCCACGCUGACGGCAUCAGAAGUCUGAGCAGCAGGAGGAACCCGGGGUGCCAUGGACAGAUGGACGGAUGGUCACACAGACAGAUGACCGGGUUCUGACCGACGUGCUCCUAAUCCCCUUGCUGUGAGACCAGGACACCAGAGUUCCCAGAGAACAGAUCUAGGGACGGAAACCAGAUUGCACUUUGUUUAAUACUGCCUGGGCCAAGAGAAAAUGAGGAGGCCCUGGGAGACUCAUAGCCCUAGGCUCCCACACACCCACCCUCUGAGCUCUUAGCUACUCCGCUCACACAUACACUGCUGCUUCUCCAGACCUCACCUCUGAGGGUCCACCCCCAGGAAUGCCCAUCCUCAACACACAAACACACACCCCCUGCCUAGGCUGAAUUAUGGCACCCUUCCCUUAAGCCACUGACCCUCUCUCCACCACACUCCCAGCUGGCCUCUUUUCUUCCCUGUCCCCAGAUAGCUAGACCCAGGAAGUGCCCUCGACCCCAUCCUACUCCCCCAGUCUGGCCCACACAGAGGUCGGGGCUGAGGGACAGCCUGCUCCCCCUGUGUAUAAAGGUGCAUAUUUAUUGAGCUUUGGGUUUCUUUUAUAAAGACUUAUGUAUAUUCUCCUGUGUGGAAAGAGUGUGUUCUGUUUUUCCUAUAGGUCUCUGUUUCACCUUUGGGGAAAGAGGAGGUUGUGAAAUGAUCAAUUCUUCCCCUCACCUCUAUACCCCCAUGCCCACACGUUCCUUGGUCUGGGAGUGGGGAGGUAUUGCCCUGGGACAUUUGGG